CCCGUAUUACUCCAUACCACCAGCUGCUUAUCAAAACCCACACCCUCGCUUCCGCUCCGACCCUCGUCCGUCGGCUUUUUCCUCUCCUCCUCCUCCUCUUUCCCUCAUCUCCAUUCCCUCAGUCCAGACAGCCUUCUGUACAGUCGUUGCUUCCUUCUUUUCCAAUAUAUAGGCUUCUUGAGUCCCUUGUCGUGGAGAAUUUUGCCUAAUUCGGUCGCGUCGGACUCCCACGGAUUGUUCGAAUUCCUCUCGCACUCAAUCCCCACGAUCGCCCUAUAAUCUAUAACUCCAUCUACUUUACCACCACCACUACCACCAUUCAAAAUGCGUGCCACCUUUGCUUUGAGUAACGCUGUCCGCACUCCCCUCAUCCGGUUCAUCGGCCGCCGUUCCAUGCCUCAGUCCGUUGACCACUCCCCCCGCCCUCACCCCGCUUCUCCCUCGGGAGUCCUUCCGGAUUCCUUCGCCGCCUACCGUUCCAAGGCUCAGCAGCACGGGCCCCUUGGCCGUGCUUCUUUUUCUCAGGGCAUCGGCCGCAACUCGGGUGCCUCUCUGGGCCCUAUCCAGCCCAAGCAGGGCGAAUUUUUCGACCGUGACGAGCUCCCUUCUCGAUUCCACCGCCUGCCAUGGUCCGAGGCCGAGAUUGAGGCCAUUGAGACCGGUGGUGCCAGCCUGUGCGCUUAGAUCCCUUAAAGUGUUACUCAACGAGGGACGACUCAACGAUAGCGGUCACGGAUUUGGCGGUUCAUGAAUACUAUCACGUUAAGGUAGCGUACGACCAUUGCUUUGGUGCUGUCGCAUCCGUUGUUCUCCCAGUUCAACCAUGGAGUAACGGGGGUGCUGUGGGGCCCGGCUCGU